UGGACCUCUCCCGCCAUCAUUCCACAAGGGCCCUUUUUGUGUGGAGGAUCAUCAGACUCAUGGUUUAGAGCUACGGAUCGCAGGCCAGUGUUCAGGAGGAGGACAGAAAAGAGGAGUGCCGUGAACGCUAAAACCACACAACCCUGUUUGUUGACUAAGCAGGUGGGCACAGGAACCAUGGAAAACGGCAAGUCAGAUGAACAAGACCAGGAAAUGGAGGAGGCCAACCUGGAGAUUGCUCAGCUGCAGGCCUUGGUGGUGGAGCUGCGUACGGGGCUGCAGGGAGUGUUACAGGACGUGUCUGCGCUGCAGCAGAGGGACAGAGGUCUGGAGGAGAGGGCUCAGGGCCAGCAGAGCGACGUGGAUGACAGGAUCAUGGGAAUCAGGAACUCCCUCAACACAUUUAAGGAGGACCUGAGCGGUGCUCUAUCCCAGAUCAAAGAGGUUACCAGCAGACAGAAAGAGCUACAGAAAGGCCUGGAGCUCCUCCAAUCAGAGACCGGCAGAGAGAUCCUGUCCGUUCAACAGAGGAAAAGCUCCAAAGGGGACUGCAUUGGGGAGGGCCAUGGGUGUCUCUCCAACCAGACAGAGCUCAAUGUCAUCCAGCAUUACUUUGCCAGCCUGCCCAGCGGCUCUCCACAGAUGAGCACAGCCUCCACACAGACCUCUAACUCAGAGCAGGACGCAGCCAGUGGCCAGCCCCAGAGAGGUCAGUCUAAGUCUCCAGUGUGGCGAGAAAGGAAAGAGAGCCGAGACGACACGGAUGCACAGAGCGUCCCAGAGAACAGUAAGAGGCAGGUUGCUGCCCUGGAGCUGUUGGAGUCAGAAAGGGUCUAUGUGUCAUACCUAUCUCUGCUGCUGAAAGCCAACAUCACCUUCAACAGCUCAGAGGCCCUCCACACCAAAGACAAACGGCCGUUCCCCAGUUCUCUACGCUUCCUCAUCCAGCAACACCUGGAGCUUCUCCACACCCUGCAGGAGAGGGUCCUCAAGUGCCAGUGGCAGGGCAUCAUGGGAGAUGUAUUCAUGAGGCUCACCAGCAAAGAGAGUGAUUUCCUGGACUUCUACGUGUCGUAUCUUAAGGAGCUACCUGAAUGUCUGUCUGUGGUCAGCAUGUUGACCACCACCUCACUAAAAGCAGCCGGCCUGUUUGAGGGUGACAUCAUGGGGGACGAGACACAACCCUCUCUCCACACUCUGCUCCUCCAGCCAGUACAGAGGAUCCCUGAGUACCUUCUGCUGCUGCAGACCCUGUUGAAGCAGACGGACGCAGAGCACCCUGACUACUACCUGCUGCUGCUGUGCAUCCAGCAGUUCAGUGCCUUCACCGCCCAGUACGCCCACCUACUGCAGCACAACCAAGAGCUGCUCCUGCACAACCGCAAGGAGCUCAAGAGGUCAGCUUCUGAUCCAGGCUCAGAUUUUGUGUUUUGGUCAACUAUGAAGCAGUUCUUCAAAAACGUGGACUGUGGUAACGUUAUGCAAGCCAAUGAGAUGGGCUCUCCUUACCCCAGCAGCAAUGCAAUACUUCUCCCCCUCUCCCCUCACAGAGAGCAUGCCAACCAGGUGAAAUGCAGCAAGCAGAGGCUCCUGGAGCAGAUCCAGUCUAGACGCUUUCAGGACUGGGAGAGCGAGGCCCACCACUCCGACUCUGCCAUCCCGUUUUUCUCCCCUGACACCGACCCUCGCCUCAAACCCCCAGGCCUGCAGAGCAUCCCUGAGAUGGGGUCAUCAGAGCGGCUGCCCGGCAAACGGCUGCCCCCAGGCUCAGCCAUGGCCAAUGCCCUGGGGGAGUUCCUUCUCCCUGGGGAUGCCCCGGGCUUGGAAGGGCUGUAUGAGGACACAAACUCCUCUCUUCACAACAUGUCCAUGUUUGACCAAUGCUCCAGCACUUCCUCUGACUCUAGCAUCGACAUUGCCUUUGUGCGCUACCCCAAGAGCCACCAGGCCAUCCGUGAGGUCUACAACAGCGGGGGCAGCCGGGAGAGUGGGUACAAGCAGCUGCCUGGUCGGGGGUGCGUGUCUCCAGAAGAGGCCGGAAUGAUGAGAGUUCACCACCACCGCCCCCUGCAGGCCGAUCAGCGUAAGAGCAAGUCCCUGAACGGGUUGCAGCUGGACAGCACUGUGAGUGGGGAUAGUGGCCCCGGACAUCUCUCUGACCACCUAAGGGGCAACGGGGCCCAACAACACGCCAAGCUGGAGAGGCAGUCCAGUAAUAAAUAUCACCCACGCAGCAGCAAGGGCCAGAGCAGCAACAACAGCCCCAUCAGCCCCCCGCAGCACAGAGCAGAGCCAGAGAGACAGAUAGCAGCCACUGAAGAGGAGCUACAUAACCACCACAACAAGGACUCUGGGAGCCUACCCUGGGGGGAGGAGCCAAGAUGGAAGGCUGAGGGGAAUAACCACACCCCCUUCAGUGAGAGGAGCCGGAAACAGGAGAAGGGAGGAUUCAGGAGCUCCUUCAAGAAGCUCUUCAAGAAAAAGUCGGGGGGAGGAGAGAAAGACAAGGAUAAAGAUAAGACAGAAUGCCAGAACUCCAGUGAGCAAGAGGCAGGCAAUACCCCAGGAGUCGCCCACCUAGGCAUCGACCGUGGGACUGCUGUGUGAAGUGUGACUAGAACCGCACUACAAAUUAACAGUGGUCUGAGAAAGGCUUCAAAUAGGUGCCUUGAUAACGCCCACACACUUCUAAGCAACAUGAUAGGCUAUAUAGACACACAUACACUGCAAUACAAUAUGAAACAUGCUGGAAGACCAAAUCAGACUGACCUACUCCUUUCUUAUUUAAUUACUGUAAAAAUACUGUAUAGGUUAAGUAUUUGUUUUUGAAUUAGUACUAGUUUUCCAUUUUAGAGGUCUCCUUAAUAUCCACGGAGAAAAUAUAUUUUGCAUAAUACUGUAUACUCAUGAACUGCAAUAAUGUAGGUAAAGAUCUAUAAUUCGCCAUCAAGAUGAUUGGAAUAAAUAUCUCCCCCUCAAGCCAAAAUAAAAUGUUGAUUUUUAAUGUGAAGUUAUUUUUUGAAUUUUAAUAAAUGAAAUUGUGACAAGACAAAUCAAACAAAAUAAGAAAAGUCCACGUUGUAAUCAAUAUUCGCUGUACCACAUGUUAACCAACCAAUAAUAUAUUUCUGAAAAACUCACAAAUCAUAUUGCCUGCUUAGCAAUUACUUCCCUUUGAAAAAUAUUUGUACUUCUGUACAAUGCUUACAAACCAUAAAUUGUGAAACAGAUUCAACAUUAUCAUAAUAUUUCAUAGUUUCAUAAAUCUGUUACACAUUUGAAACAAAAUAUAGGCAAUUAUACAGUAUGUAAAACCAACCGAUUUUAUUUUACAGUAUAUACAUGUAAUAAUGUGCAUUGCAAUAUGAAAAUGGUAAUGCAGCAGAAAGGAAGAACUAUUUUGUCCAUAAUCAUUACACAUGUUUACUGUGUAAAUUAAAACCAACAUGAAUUUUGUA